CACAUCCUGUUUCAGUGACGCUGGUCCCGGAGCGUAGAGCGCACACACACCGCUGUCUCCACUGCGGUAGUAGCGGGCCAAGUAGGCAAGCAAGCAGGCAGGCAGGCGGCAGAGGGCGACCCGCAAACCUCCACUUGUUCCGACGUGCUUCCUGGUGAGGAUGAUACCGCUGCUCCUCUCCAUCGCCCUGUGUGUGACCGCCGCUGUCCCGCACCAUGCGAAAGCAGCAGAUGGUGAGGAACCAACUUCAGCUGGGCCCUGCCACCCAAACCCGUGCCACAACAGAGGGACAUGUGAGAUCAGUGAGACCUACAGGGGUGACACCUUCAUUGGCUACGUCUGCAAGUGUCCUCCAGGCUUCAGUGGAGUUCACUGCCAACACAAUAUAAAUGAAUGUGAACGAGACCCAUGCAAGAACGGGGGCAUUUGCACUGAUCUGGUUGCAAAUUACUCCUGCGAAUGCCCUGGGGAGUACAUGGGCAGGAACUGUCAGCACAAAUGCUCUGGACCACUGGGCAUGGAAGGCGGCAUAAUCUCCAACCAGCAGAUAACAGCCUCCUCCACCCACCGGGCUCUGUUUGGCUUGCAGAAGUGGUACCCGUACUUCGCACGCCUCAACAGAAAAGGUCUGGUCAAUGCGUGGACUGCAGCUGAGAAUGACAGAUGGCCAUGGAUUCAGAUUAACCUGCAGAGGCGAAUGAGGGUCACGGGGCUUAUUACCCAGGGUGCCAAGAGAAUCGGCAGCUCGGAGUAUGUUAAGUCAUACAAGGUCGCUUACAGUGACGACGGGAAGACAUGGAGAACGUACAAAGUCAAGGGCAAAGACGGGGACAUGAUUUUCAGAGGAAACGUCGAUAACAACGCUCCGUCAGCCAACUCCUUCACCCCUCCCGUCGAAGCCCAGUAUGUGCGCAUUUAUCCCCAAGUGUGCAGAAGGCACUGUACCUUACGCAUGGAACUGCUCGGAUGCGAGCUCACAGGGUGCUCUGAGCCAUUAGGCAUGAAGUCGGGCCAUGUCCAGGACUACCAGGUCACAGGCUCUUCCAUCUUUAGGACGCUCAACAUGGACAUGUUCACCUGGGAGCCUGGGAAAGCCCGCUUGGACAAGCAGGGGAAGGUGAACGCUUGGACAGCAGGACGCAGUGACCAAUCACAGUGGCUACAGGUGGACUUGCUAGUACCUACCAAGGUCACAGGUAUCAUUACCCAAGGAGCGAAAGACUUUGGGCAUGUGCAGUUCGUCGGCUCGUACAAACUGGCGUACAGUAACGACGGAGAGCGGUGGAAAGUCUACCAGGAUGAGAAGCAGGGCAAGGACAAGGUCUUUCAGGGCAACUUUGACAACGACACGCACAGAAAGAACGUGAUAGAUCCGCCCAUCUACGCUCGCCUGAUCCGGAUCCUUCCCUGGUCGUGGUACGGCAGGAUCACCCUGCGUACAGAAAUACUGGGCUGCACAGAGGAAGAGUGAAGUCCCUAACUCCCCUUCUCCCCCCCGUCUUGCCGUCUAACGGUCACCCAGUAGUGGAAAAAUAAACUGUGCAACACCUGUAAAAAGAAAAAAAUAAUUCAUUUCCUGUAGAUUUUUUCAAGACUUGUAAAGGGUCACCAUUUUUUUUUGUACAAAACCUUAAAUUGAAUGUUUUUAUUUUCUUAUGUCAAUUAGGUUCCAAUGUGAUUUAUGUAUUUUUAUUGGUCUUGAGAACUGUAACAUAUGUGAGGGCUCUCAGCAGGGGGUGGUAUGGGUCUCACUGUGGUUUUGCCAUGGAAACUAUUGUACAGUGUCACUUUUUAAACAAAGAUGUUGCAUUAGACACACACGGUCAUAUUGUGAAAUAUUAUUCAAAUCAUAUUUUUACUUUUAAUAACUACACUUUGUCAGUCCGUGCUUUCACACUAAUGCACACGUGCGUUACUGCAUUGAUCAAAACACUAGUAAUGCUCUUGUAUUAUAUGUAAAUCAUUGCAUGGUGCGAGAAUUUAAGAAGGGGGAAAAAAAAACUGCUUAAAAUGACAAAUCGGUCAAAACCUCCAGCUCUAAAAGUAAUGGCUUCAAUCUAGGGAACAAUGUUAUGUACAUUUUUGAAUAGUUCUGACCAGUCACGACUAAAAGCUAAGUGGAAGUGAUAAAUAUGUAUGACCAUUUAUUCAUGUGCUCUUGCAGCACUGAAACCGAAGCGUCGGAUUGAUCAUCUGUGUCAUUUUUAGAUUGUGUUUACAAUUUGUAUUUAUUAUUCUGUUCGGUGUUUUUUACUUUAUGAAUUGACACGUAAGCUGAAUCCAUUCAAAAGCUCAGGAUAUACAGUACAGGUAUGCCAUUCAUAAAACCCACAAAUGUAUACUUUUGGGCUGCUUAUUUUAAUAUGCCGUAUUUGUGCGUUAUUAUCUAAAGACUGUGUUCAAAAAUUGUCUGUAAUUGAACUGUAAUUAGUGUUAUUUUUAAAAGAGCGCUACUAUCAUAGAUCAAUUAUACAUACGGUGUCCCAUAUUUGCAAUAACCAUGGUAACCAUUCAACAAACACUCAGUCUCAUUCAAAGCUAUUGUGAAUCACAGUCGGAAUGUGGUUUAUAUGGGUCAAUUUGUCGCAGUUUACCUGACACGUGAAACGUGACAAAUUGAGGGCUUGCAGUAUCCACUUUAGCCGCCAGAUGGCAGCAGAGUGUUAAAUAUCUUAAAAUAUGUUUUGUGGCUAUUUCAACUUUGACUACAUCGUCAUUUGCUAUGUAGAGUGACGCUUUCUGUCAUUUUCCGCAGACUGCAUUCCAAAAUGGGUAUUCCCCCUUUUCCUCUCACGUGAGAUCCACCCAUGAUUGGGGCCAUAUUAAUCCCUUCCCUACUGUAUGUCCCCUGCCUGUGGAAAUGUGUCAAUAGCACGUAUAGCCUUGUGGCGCAAAGUAGGUACCAGGCAGUGGAAAGGAAUUUGUUGCGGUUUACCUGACACAUGAAACGUGACGAAUUGAGAGGGUGCAGUAUGCACAUAAGCUGUCAGACGGCAGUAGAGUGUUGAAUAUCUUAAAACGUGUUUUGUGGCAAUUCCAACUUUGACCACAGCGUCAGUUGCUAUGUAGAGUGGCGCUUUCCAUCAUUUUCAGCAGACUGAAUUGCAAAAGGAUUAACCCCCCGCUUUCCUCUGGGGAAAGGCGCCAUAUGAAUUCCUUCCCUAGCGUACGUCUAGUCAACUAAAUCUACAUAGUUUAUUUGGUUACAUCAUGGUGCUAUUGUGGGGGUGUCCAAACUACGGCACGCUGGUGACCGGGGGCCUCAUAUCAUAAACAAACAGCCAGCGGUCUGAUAGCUGCCAUCUUGACACCAUCUGGUGGUUAACAAAAGUAACUGAAGUCAGUGACUGAUGAUGGUGUAUUGUUCACAGUAUUUACCUGUAUGACCCAAUCCAAACAACCUUCCAUCGUCAUGAUGCAGAAAAAAAAAAAUUCAAGCAGCGCAAAAAAUUAACAAACAUGGCCACACAUACCACAACCUGGUCAUUGAAAUGUGUGGAUAUAAUAAGCAAUGUCCAAUUAGCAUAAUACAAUCUAAUUUCAUACCCAUUUAAAUCCAUUACAAGGGAUGAUGGGAAAAAUGCAAAACACUCUCUCCACACUUACCCAUGUUUGCCAUAUUUUAGCUGCUUGAUAUUUCUGAUUGAUUAAAACACUUUUAAGGAGGUCAUCCCGAAAGUAAACAAGGUAGGAGUCAAAUUUUCACAUAUUCUUAAUAACCAAUUAUAAUAAUUAUUAAUUAUAUAUCAAUUAUAUUAUUAUUAUAAUAUGUACACACAUAUAAAUAUACUGUAUAUAUACAUUUAUAGUUACUUUUCAUGCAGUCGGCUUUUGGACAGCCCUGUGUUCAUGGCAUUCUUGAUAAUUGUCACAAUAAUAAAAUGUGGUUUCCUGCUCGGACUAUUCAUUAAAACGUACCUGCCUCUCCCUUGACUCGCAUGACUGAUGAACCUCAAAAGAUGUAACUCCCAAUUAUUCUAAAUUGUACAAAGGCAACAUAUCCAAUCCGAGCUUGAAGUAGACCCUGAAAUGGAAAAUGACAAGUGAACAAGGCAGAAUGAACUUUUCAAUUUUAUGCUUCAAGCUCAACAAAUUAUGACAUUGGUUGUUUCAUUUGGUUCGUAUUUGAAUUUUGGGAAGCGAAACCUAAACUCGGGAGGGUCGAUCCAAGCACAGCACAAAAACAAGUUCCCAACGACUUUCGACAUGGCAUUGUAUUUAGGCACUUUAGCAGCCUAGUUCUUAUUUGUCUGAUUUGUUAUACUCCUGCUGUAGUUGUACCCUUCAGUCCCUCCAGGGUUUCGCGUUUUACUCUUGUAAUAGUUGUUGCGGCCUAACAUAUCUGAAUUUUCCGCAAAAGUUGCGAUGUGAGGCUUUUUUGAGUCGUCAUUCAUUUCAUGGACUUGUUAUCAAUGAUUGGAGUUUUCCUUGGAACCUCAACUUCAAAAAGCACAGGAUCUCAACAAAAAUUGGAGAACUAAUACUGUACUGAUGUUUUACUCAUUUUAGACUUAAAAGUGGGUAGCACUAAAGAGCUCAGUGUCAAAUGACUGCAGCCUUUCAAUUAAUUAUGACUAGCAAUAGUAAUAAUUAUACAGUAAAUGACAGAAAGAAAAUUAAGAAAGAAAAACCACUCUGCUGUUCACAAGUUGCAGACAUUCUCUUUGUAUGUUUUACGCUUGUAUACAUCAAUGUAUGUUAUGAGACAUUUACACCUGCAUUUACAAAAACAUUUGUAAACUGUUAAGAGCGAUCUAUAUCGAUAUUUUUUGUUGGUUAUUAUCACACUUCAACAUCUCCAACAUGUAAAUAAUGCUGCCUCCUUGCUAGGUCAGCAUUGCUGAUGAAAUAUGAUUUGUAUUGCCUUAUACCAGUAGAAAAUAAAGAUUGAAUUAAUAUACGAAUGUAAAGUAGGACGUUUAUACAGUAGAGAAGGGAUUCAUGUGGCCCCAUUCAUGGGUGGAUCUCGCGUGAUAGGAAAGUGGAGGGUUAAUUAUUUCGCAAUGCAGUCUGCUGAAAAUGAUGGAAAGUGUCACUCUACAUAGGAACUGACGCUGUGGUUGAAGUCGGAAUUGCCGCAAAACACGUUUUAAGAUAUUCAACACUAUACUGCCGCCUGGCAAUCAAAUGUGUCACGUAAACCGUGACGAAUGAAAGAAUGAAUGAAUCCCCUUCUACUGUAUGUUAGAUUAGCCAAGAUGCUUAGCGCUGUAGACAGGAAUCGGAACCAGGUCUGAGCUACGCAAUCGUGCCAUUUGAGCAAUUAAGGAACAAACAUAUGUUUUGGUUAGACAGUUGACGCACGCGAAAUAAUUCCGAAAUAAAUUCGAUUGUCGAAAUUGAUGAUGAUGAUUGGUCAAAAUGUGCAGUUGAAGUUGCGGGCAUGAUAAAUGGCGGGGAUUGGUAAUAGCGACAUCGUAAAAUCCUGGAGGGACUGAUUGUUGUUCAUUUGUAACGCCAUCGAACGGUACAGAGUUUAGGAGGGGACAGACAAAGAGGAAAGAGAACACACUAAAAGAAGGAACAUUUGCAAAUAUUGAAAACGAGUGAUUGGCGGAUCCUGGGGAUGGAUAAAUAAUAUGAUAAAUUGUAUAUACAGUACAGGCCAAAAGUUCCUUUCAAUGCAUUUUCUUUAUUUUCAUGACUAUUUACAUUGUAGAUUGUCACUGAAGGCAUCACAACUAGGAAUGAACACAUGUGGAGUUAUGUACUUAACAAAAAAAGGUGAAAUAGCUGAAAACAUGUUUUGUAUUCUAGUUUCUUCAAAAUAGCCACCCUUUGCAAACUCUUGGCAUUCUCUCGAUGAGCUUCAAGCACACCUGUGAAGUGAAAACCAUUUCAGGUAACUACCUCUUGAAGCUCAUCCAGAGAAUGCCAAGAGUGUGCAAAGCAGUAAUCGGAGCAAAGGGUGACUAUUUUGAAGAAACUAGAAUAUAAAAAGUACCUUUUUUUGUGUUAAGUACAUAACUCCAUAUGUGUUCGUUCACCGUUUUGAUGCCUUCAGUGACAAUCUACAAUGUAAAUAGUCACGAAAAUAAAGAAAACACAUUGAAUGAGAAGGUGUGUGCUAUAUAUAUAUAUAUAUAUAUAUAUAUAUAAAAUAAAUCAUCGCCUGUUUGUGUCGGACAUGUUGGGUUGGUUCAUAUUUGAAAUUUGAAAAACAAGGGAACGUGAAAGCAUUAAAAUAAUAUAUUGGCAGCCAAAUCCAUCUUUGUCGCUUGCGAGCAGGCGGGUCGUCAUGGCGACCUCGAAGUGUAAAGCACCACAACGUCGACAGUCGCGUCCUCUCGUAUGGCAAACCUUAUGUACGCACCGUGGAUUGUCUUGUGCGUCGUUCACGUGCAUCUGGUGUGGAAGGUCGGUCCAUUCAUCGUUGUCUCUUGUCUGCGUCAGCCGGAGUGUUCUUGUAGAAAACGUACUUUUGAUCAACGCUGGGGAUGUUCACGCCAGCUAAGGGACGUCAGACCUUGUGUACAGUUAUAAAAGAAGAAGAAGAAGAAGAAAAUAUGCUUCAACUUAAAAACUUUCAGUUUGACAAAUAAAAACUU